AUGAGCAAUCCCAAUCCCAAUUCGCAUUCACAAUCACGUCCUCAUACUCAUCCUCAAUUACAUAUAACGACACAACAAUCUCAAGCAGGACCUUCUACACCUCAACUUCAAACUCAACUACCUAGACGUCCAUUAGGCGCAAGGAAAAGAGGUGUCGCGGUCGUUCCAGGUUUAUUCGUUGCUAAUCCUGAUAAUUCAGAUGAUGAAGAUUCACAUUCCCACUCUCACUCUCAUACUGGACAAUCAUCACAAUCACAGAUCAAAUCAUCUAAUCAAUCUCAAUCUCAAAGAUCACCUUCCACAAUAUCACCAGUAAGCAUACAUUCAUCUUCAAGUAGAAACAGUAACGUACCUAUCCAUCAACACCAACAACCUAAUUCACCGAGUUUAUCAUUAAAAUCGAAUAUACAUUUUCCUACUAUACCUGCACCUCAAUCAUCACCCUUGCCUGCUCUUUCAUCAUUCCCAAAUCCAAAUCCACAUCCAGGUUCAAGUCCGAAUAGAACUCCACAAUCAUCAAUACAAAAUCAUAUCCUACCUUCUUCUUCAAUCACACCUACACCUACGCCUACACCGAAUGUAUAUGGACAUAGACCGGAGAUAUCGCCUGUCCCACCUCAACCACCACCUCAACCUGAAAGACAUUUACGUAGAGCUUUCACGACACCUAUCAAUGCUCCUGUAUCAGAACAAAACACUACGAGACCACCACACGAAAUAAGAACUGCGUCAGGCUCGACGAUACCUCACCAACAUCAACAAUCACAACAACAAUAUCAACAUCAGCAACAGCAACAGCAUCAGCAACAGCAACAAUAUCAAGCACCACAAUCACCUUCAAGAGCAUUACCUCCUCUGCCUUCACCGCCCAUAUCCGCUCCUUCACCUAGAAACCAUUCCCCAUCAAACUCCAUCCCCCCAAGUUUCCGCCAUCACUUCUCACAAAGUCGCGUGGCUAGUCCUGAAGAUGUACUCAGUCCAGCUGUAGGCAGUGAAGGUAGUUCAAGUAUGAUGAGCGUAGGAAUGUCAAACAGAGACAGAUCAGGUUCGACCCAUAGCCAUCAAGUUAGAUUACAGGUUACAACGGAUAACGAAGCAUUUCAUUUGGUGGAUAUUACUGGUAUCAAUACAGCUGAAGGAAUAAGAGAAAAAGUGUUCUCAAAGCUACGGAUUCGAGAUGAAGAACACCCAACCCUGUCAAUGUAUCGAACAGAAAUCGGUGAACCGGCAGACGAUAUUCCCAUUUUACCAGCCUCUCUCCUUCAUGUAUGCACCUCUCAAGGCGAUUCAAGAGCGACCCUCAAAUUUCUCGUCAAACAGACCAACGUGCCGACGUCUUCCGCCGCAUCUGUGAUACCUCCAGCGGUCUCUCAGGCGGAUUAUAGCACUUAUCGUUCAGUAGCAGACAAUCGUCGUGCAGGCAUGCCACCAAUCACGACAGACCUUCCCCAUGCACUUGUCAAUCGACCAUCAUCUCGUCAAUCGAAAGAGGGAAGCACGAGUAGUGCAAGUGGAGAACUGGUAGAACGUGGUCCCCUUAGUACCAGCGAUUGGAGCGAUUUAGGUCCUGAAGCGGAAGAAUGGAGCGGGAAACGAAAUAGAAAGACUGCAGGUAGAUCAAACGGUAGUUCAAGAUCUCCAAUCACAGAUCCUACAUCCUCUUCUCCAGCUCUUCCAACUCCACCUACAACCUACAUCGUCCCUCCGCAUCACACUCGAGAGAAUUCUUCACUCUCAUCCCCGGCCGGUAGAUUUCAUGAUCUCAAUCAUCCCGCAUCUCCUACUAUCAUUGAGCCCUUCCCUAAACCUCAAGCUCGUAAUCCGAUACCGACAUCUGGCUCACGAUCCUCAAGUCGACAAAGUUAUCAAGAUCCUUUUCUCACUAGUAGUAGUGCUGGACCAAGUCGACCUGCAAAUACCGGACUUGGUCUUAAUCUUGAUGACGACAUAGAUCCUGAGACUCGAGCGUUGAUUGAACAAUUCCAACGAGAAGAAAGGGAGGCUCAAAUGGCUGAUGAGGCUGAGAAGCAACGACAGCUAGCGCAGGAUGAGGAAUUAGCAAGGAAAGAGCAACAAGAAGAGCAAGAUUUGUGGCAUAUGGUACAACGGCUGCGAAUGGAAAACAGUCAGACAACACAAGCUCAGAUAGCAGAUGAUGAGGCUCGAGCGCGUGCGGUCGAAGCUGAGGAGAGGCUAGAGGAGGAGAGACAUCAAGCGAUGGAAGCUGCUCGAGCUGCAUGGCACGCUGAACAACGUGAAGAAAGGGAAAGUCGUUUUCACACCUUUGAUCAAGAUCGUCGAGCGAGGCAAGAUUACUUCAGGAACCGAGCUCAGACGGGCAGACCCCUGGACGAAUCUACUACAUAUCGUGUUCCAGUUUCAGACGAAAGGCCGGGGUCAAGAAUGUCGGAGAGCCGAGCUGCUGCCAAUCGACAGCCAUCUGGCCCUGUCCCUCUUCGACAAGGGAGCACGAUCAAUCAGCCGCUGUAUCAAUCUCCCCCAGCUCAGUAUUCUCCUGAGAUCAAUUACCCUCAACACCCAGCUCCUCAUCGACCGACUGGAUUCUCCGCACAUCCGUAUCAAGAGGCUUCGCACGCUCAAGAAAGGCUGAACGAUCCAAGAUUGCGACAGGUCACAGGAAGGCAAACGCCUGGUGUCCAAAGUGGCUCAUUGGGAUCAAGAGGCGAUCCAAGACAGAGACUCCCCGCUGCAUAUAUUCGAGAAACAAGCGGGGAUACACUCACCGCAUCUUCGAGUGUACAAAACGUCAGAUCGAUGGAUAAUCUACGUCCUUUCAGCCAACAAGGUCCCAAUUACCAUCCUACAUACCAAAACAUUCCUGCUCGUUCAGCAAUGACUCCUCAACCAGGAGGUUACAAUGAACGUCGGAAUAUUCAACCUGCUGCUGCCUACCGAAGCUCCUCGACUGAUCGUGUUCAUGAUGGAAGAUAUCCCGAAGCUGUCCAACCGGCUAGACUGCCCUCGUUACAGGUCUCGACAGGAGAUACAGGUACUAUUCCAUUCCCGUCACCACAUCCAAGCAUUUCCACCACAUCAACCUAUAAUCGUCCAGGAUUCAGUACCUUGCCUAGGAAUUCUCGGGGACCAAGCUGGGACGGACAAGAACCACCCAUGUCUGCUUCGAGACCUAAUACUGUCCACUACGAUAGAUCUCCACCUCCGCCUGGGUCCCCUCAAACUGCCACGGGUCCCCGUCGUCCUCUCACUUACUAUGACGAUUUCAACCCUCCCCCCACCGCACGAAACGCUGGAACGUAUCACGCAGGAUACAGUGGACCAACAUCGCCUAGUAUCUGGACAAGGCCUAGAAGCGGGUCCGCAUCUGUGCCCUAUCGAUCCACUUCACCUGUACUUGAUACUUCUCGGCGUGUUAGUGAGGGUACUCCAUUUGGGGACGACAGAGAAUCUCAACUUCCUUACAAUCACCCUAGCACGUCUCCCGAGGCUUCAUGGUUGUCGGUUUCUCGAUAUGGCCGUAGCGACACAGAUACAUCGUCUGUGGCCGGCACUGUCAGCUCCGAAGGAACCGUCAAAGCGCAGAGGAAUGAAGAUACAGACUCCAAUGAUACUGCUAAGGCUGGAGUCUGGGAGAAUCACAUAAAGAAUAUGCUGAAAGCGUCGGGAGAUUCGGGAGAUGGUACCGCUCGACCCCCUGCUGCUGAUGAAGAUGAGGCUACCUUGUGGAUAACUGCUCCAAUAGUUCCCCAAACACCUCCGUCUCUCGAUCGUUCCAGUGCUGUACGGCCUUCCCCGUCCAAACCCAAUCUCAUCGUCAACACCGCUGCUCUUAGCGGCUCCGAUAGUGUUCAUUCGGUCACUACGCCAUCCGAUAGUGCUACUGAGUCCGAAGGUACAGGUGAAGGCUCAAUGAUCAGACGAGGGAAAUCUUUCGCUCGGCCCAAAGAUCCAAAUCAAUGGAACUUCAGACCUGAACCUGAACAACUAUAUGAGAACCUUGAUCGAGUUUUCCCAAAAAUCGAUCUGGAUCAACCCAUCGUGCAAGGAACGGCUUCUACUCCAACUACGCCAGCUGCAGAAUCACCUUCAAGACUGGAAAUUCUUCAACCAUCUCAACCCUUAUCAUCAAAAUUAUCAAAUGUGACAAUACCAUCUGCAGAACCUCCUCGGCCGACAUCGAUAUCAGCAUUGACUAAGAGUAAAUUCAACAAAGCUGAGAACAGACGUUCGAUAAGGGUCGUAGCGGAUCAUAUGAGACGCGCGUUACAAAGACAAACUCGUGAACCUCCUAAUCUUACAAAUGAGAAACGAGUCAUGCCAAAUGAUCACGAAGAUAAACAGACAAAAGUUGAAAGGAGAAGUUCGAAGAUGUGGGACCACAAAUUGGUUGAAGUCACUCCUUCAAAGAUCGCUUUGGGGCAAAUGGAGAACGCAAUCCCUGAAUCACCAGCAAGUGAUGGUAAGCCUGGUACUGUCAAUUGGGUCAAAGGUGAACUAAUAGGCAAAGGAUCAUACGGUCGUGUAUAUAUCGCUUUAAAUGUGACCACCGGAGAUAUGAUGGCUGUCAAACAAGUCGAACUACCAGUAUCUGAGACUGAUAGAAAUGAUAAGCGACAACUUGGAAUGAUUAAAGCUCUAAAGGACGAGAUAGUAUUGCUCAAAGACUUGGAACACAAGAACAUAGUCGCUUAUCUUGGUUACGAAACGAGUGAUGAAUUCAUAUCGAUUUUCUUGGAAUAUGUUCCUGGUGGUACGAUCGCUUCGAUCUAUCGAACGCCCAAUCAAGCUAGAUUCGAACCUCAAUUAGUCAGAUUCUUCACUGAACAGAUCUUAGAAGGUUUAGCGUAUCUUCAUUCUAAGAACAUAUGGCAUCGGGAUCUUAAAGGUGACAACAUUCUUGUCGACGCUCAUGGAAUCUGCAAGAUUUCCGAUUUUGGUAUCUCCAAACAGACUGCCGACGCAUAUGAUUCAUUCGGACAAGCUACCAAUAUGAAGGGAUCAGUAUUUUGGAUGGCACCCGAAGUGAUACACUCGUUCUCGGAAAGAACCUAUUCUGGCAAAAUUGACAUAUGGAGUUUGGGCUGUGUAGUCAUGGAGAUGUGGUCUGGUAAAAGGCCCUGGGGCGAUAUGGAGCAAGUUGCGGCGAUGUUUGAGCUAUUCAAUAAACGUGCGAGACCACCUUUACCACCUGAUAUACAUUUAUCGGAUAUAGCAUUAGAUUUCAUGAACAAUCAAUGUUUGGCUACUGAUCCACGAGAUAGACCAAUGGCAAAAGAUCUAUUACAACAUCCAUUUAUCAAAGACAAAGAUAAUCGAUGGACUUUUAGUGAUAGUAAGAUAGGAAAAGCUGUAGCUAAAAGAGGCGCAAAGAGAGUACAAGCGUAA